CCCUACAUCCUUACCGUGCCUCCGCUGUCGCGUACCGAGCGAGAGCCCAGGCAAGCAGGUGUUGGGAGGGGGCGUGCAGGGUCGCACGAGACAAAGGGGGCGCGGAGGUCAGCCCGCUAUGGCCUCCCGGAGCCCGGGGGGUCUGAGCGGGAGCCGCGGCGGCGGCGGCAAGAAGAGCCUGAGCGCCCGCAAUGCUGCGGUGGAGAGGAGGAACCUGAUCACCGUAUGCAGGUUUUCUGUGAAGACCCUGAUUGAUCGGUCUUGCUUUGAGACAAUUGAUGAUUCUUCUCCUGGAUUUAACAAUUUUGCAGCUAUUUUGGAACAGAUUCUAAGCCACCGGCUAAAAGGUCAAGUAAGCUGGUUUGGUUACGAAAGUCCUCGUACCUUUUGGGACUAUAUCAGAGUGGCUUGCCGGAAAGUUUCACAGAAUUGUAUUUGCAGCAUUGAAAAUAUGGAAAAUAUCAGGUCUUCUAGAGCUAAGGGUAGAGCCUGGAUCAGAGUAGCACUCAUGGAAAAACAUUUAUCUGAAUACAUCUCUACAGCUCUGAGAGACUUCAAAACAACCAGCUUCUGCCUAAAGGGCGAGGGAUUGGAUGGCAACUUUCCUGCUGUAAUAGACUAUACACCUUUUAAAAAAUUUGAUAUUCCCAGUUCUGACAGCAUCAGCAGCGAUGAAGAGGAGCUAAGGACUUUGGGAAGCAGUAGCAGUGAAAGCAGCACUCCAGAGAGUGUCGGCCCUCCCUUCAUCAUGGAUGAGAACAGUUGGUUCAACAAGUGUAAGAGAGUUAAACAAAAAUAUCAGCUUACCCUGGAACAGAAGAACAUUGAAGACAAAAGCACUCACCAUCUUAAUAUUCACAGGACUGUGCUAAAGAAUAAUGAUUUAAGAUCAAGACAAGAGUUAACUGCCCAUCUCACCAACCAGUGGCCUUCCCCAGGAGCUCUGGAUGUCAAUGCCGUUGCCUUGGAUACGUUGCUUUACCGAAAACACAAUAAACAGUGGUAUGAGAAAAGUUAUCAAAGUCUUGACCAGUUAUCAGCAGAAGUUAGCCUUUCUCAGACUUCACUGGAUCCAAGCCAGUCACAAGAAGGAGACGUAAAACAAAACACAUUAAAUUUAAUCAGUGAAGGUAAAGAAGAUACUCCCUCAUUACUUGGUCUCUGUGGGUCUCUAACAUCAGUGGCAAGUUACAAGUCUCUAACAAGCCUAAAGUCUAACGACUAUCUUGCAAGUCCCAUAACAGAUAUGACAAGUCCAGGCCUAACUCCAUCCUGAAAAAUUUACAUAAAAGCCAAAUGUUUUUAUGUUGUAAAUGUUCUGUUUACAUAAGUUUGACUGCUGGGAAGACCUUUGAAAUUUUACAUUGUUCUGCUACGUGUCCACAAUUCUAUUGCUUAGAGUUCAAUCCGCUCCAUGGUAAACUUCUGG